AUGGACGCUAAAUUAGCGUCGGAACAAAUCGAUGGAGGUCAACAUAUCAAUGACCGAAAAUUCUUGGAGGAACGCGCUGAGCAAUGCGGCAUUGAAGUCGAGACGAUAUCCACCUACAUUGAUUCAUUUAGGUACGGUGCACCUCCACACGGUGGAUUCGGAAUGGGACUAGAGAGAAUGGUGAUGCUUUUCCUUGGACUAGACAAUAUCCGCAAAACAUCGCUCUUCCCUCGUGACCCUCAAAGGCUCAAACCCUGA